UUUACGUAAAAAAAAUUCAAUUUGAUAACCUUGAUUGUGAUAAUAUAAAAUGGUAGUGAUAUAGGAGGAAGACACGCAAUUGAGACAGCGCAAGGCUAUGGAGGAAAUUAGGCCACUCAAACUCUACUUCAUUCAUUCCCUAGCAGCAGGUCACAUGAUCCCUCUGUGCGACAUAGGCACCCUCUUCGUCUCUCGUGGCCACCAUGUCACCAUCAUCAGCACCCCUUCCAACGCCUUAACUCUCCGAAAAUCCAUCCCCUCCCACCCCUUCCUGCGCUUCCACACCGUUCAAUUUCCCUCCCAAGAAGUCGGUCUCCCCGACGGCAUCGAAAACAUCUCCUCCGUCACCGACGCUGACCAACUCGUUAAAAUCUUUAACGCCACCAACAUGCUCCAAACCCCCAUCCAGAACUUCGUGGAGGAGAAUCCACCUGAUUGCAUCGUCGCCGACUUUCUAUUUCCCUGGGUUCAUGACUUGGCCAAAAACCUUAACAUCCCUAGACUUGUCUUCAACGGAUUCUCCCUCUUCACCGUCUGCGCCCUACACUCCUCCAAUUCUGUUCUCAGUCCGACCCUCCCUCACCCCAUAACCCUCAACGCAUCCCCACCGAAGGAGUUGGCCGAAUUCCUUGAUAAGUACCUGGAGAUGGAGCUCAGAAGCUACGGCCUAAUCGUAAACAACUUCGCGGAGCUCGACGGAGAAGAAUACAUCCGCUACUACGAGAAAACGACGGGGCACAAGGCUUGGCAUCUUGGGCCGGCCUCUCUCAUACCCAGAACCCCUGAAGAGAAAGCAGAGAGGGGCAUGAAGAGCGUGGUGAGUAUGCAUGAGUGCGUGAGUUGGCUUGACUCUAAGGCGGAAAACUCGGUGGUGUACAUAUGCUUUGGGAGCGUUUGUCAUUUCCCGGAUAAACAACUUUAUGAGAUUGCAUGCGGGAUUGAAGCGUCGGGUCAUGGGUUCAUAUGGGUGGUGCCGGAGAAGAAGGGGAAGGAGGAGAGUGAGGAAGAGAAGGUGAAGUGGAUGCCCGAGGGGUUUGAAGAAAGGAAUGCAGAGAAGGGGAUGGUUAUCAGGGGGUGGGCUCCACAGUUGGUUAUCCUGAACCACCGUGCCGUUGGAGCAUUCUUGAGCCAUUGCGGGUGGAAUUCCACCGUGGAGGCUGUGAGUGGUGGCGUCCCCAUGAUUACGUGGCCGGUGCACGGAGAACAGUUCUACAACGAGAAGCUGAUAAGCGAGGUGCGGGGAAUUGGGGUGGAGGUGGGCGCCGCAGAGUGGAACGGCAUAGGGUUUGGUGAGAGACAGAUGUUGGUGUGCAGAGAGAGCAUUGAGAGAGGUGUGAGGCGAAUAAUGGACGGUGGUGAUGAAGCGCAAGAAGUGAGACGGCGUUCACAAGAGUUUGGGGAAAAGGCGCGAGAAGCUGUUGGAGAAGGAGGUUCAUCUCACAACAAUUUAACAGCCCUCAUUCAUGAUCUUACGCGGCUCAGGGAUGCUAAGCUUCUCUCAGCUAAAUAGCCAUUUUUUCCCAUCCACUUUUCUUUAGCUUUCUUGUUCUUCAAUAAUUGCCUCAGACAAAAAAAAAAAAGGAAAAAUCAGUAUAUUUUACUCAUGAAUUCAACACGUAUUUUCAACCACAAAUGGGGUAUAUCCCAUCUUUGUAAGAAAAAACUUAUUUGAUAACAUUUCACUAUUAUGUUGA